AAACACGCACUAAAACACAUAGUUGACAGCUCUCAUAUUUAUUUUUCUUCCUCGACGUAGACUUUCUUCUCCGGCGACUUCUCCGGCGUCCUCACCAUGACUCGCGGAAACCAGAGGGAGAAAGAUAGGGAAAGAUCUCAGGCAAGGACUGGUGGCAAAGGCAAGAACAAAGAUGAUGGUUUAACUCCUGAGCAACGCCGUGAAAGAGAUGCAAAGGCACUUCAAGAGAAGGCUGCAAAGAAGGCAGCGCAGGCAGCAGGGGGCAAUGAUGCUGGAGGUAAAAGCAACAAGAAAUAAUGAACUCUCUUGUUAUUUGGUUUCCUGAUUGUCUCUUACUUUGAAGAGACCCUCGUUUCCCCUUUUUCUUGCUUUACAUAUUUGUGUAUUUUCUUUUGCUACAAGGUCUCUGUUCUGUAUGAUUUUCAUAAACACUCAAUGUGCAAUGUAAUCUUAAUUGAUACUGUAACGUUGAUUUUGGUGCUUGUGGUCGAUCUUUGUGUUCUUGUUUGGUGCA